AUGGCAAGACCUAGAGACCGAUUGUGUAGGCCUAUGUGUGUGUGUUUUGCAGUUGUAUGCGUUGUUAUCAUAAUUAUAGUUUGUGCCACUCACUACGGUUACCAGAGGUGUUCUGGCGAAGUUUUCAGGAGAGCAGCAGUUGCCGCCGAUUCGGAAACCUGUUCUAAGGUCGGCCGAGACAUCCUGCAAUCUGGUGGAUCGGCUGUAGAUGGCGCCAUCGCCGCUUUGCUGUGCACAUCGAUAAUUAAUCCACAAAGUAUGGGUAUCGGCGGAGGCUCCAUUUUCACUGUUCUGGAGAAAAACGGAACGGUAAAAAUCAUCAAUUCCAGGGAGACUGUACCAAAGGACUUCAAAGCAGACUUGUUAUCUGAAUGCCCACAGCAAUUCAAGUUGAUGUCAGGGAGUCAGUGGAUAGGUGUUCCCGGGGAGAUCCGGGGGUAUGCAGUAGCCCAUGGGUUAUACGGAAAGCUACCAUGGGCCAGCCUUUUCAUGCCUACUAUUAAAAUGGCCAGAGAAGGUUUUCCCAUUCCUUACAUGCUCUCACAAUUCAUCAGCAGAGGCCUGAACAAAUCCACACCACUGGGUCAGUUAUUCGUUGACGAAAACGGGAACCAGCUGAAGGAAGGAGAUACCAUCAAGUUCGAGAAGCUGGCAAACACUCUGGAGAUCAUCGCUGAGAAAGGACCGGACGCUUUCUACACAGGAGACAUAGCAAAAGACUUAAUCAGCGACAUACGGGAUGCAGGUGGGAGCGUGAGCCUGGAGGACCUGAGUUCCUUCACCGUUACUGAGCCAGACGUUUGGGAGCUGAAUCUUGGGGAAUAUCAGAUGUUUUUCCCCCCUCCACCUGCUGGGGGCGCCAUCCUUGGCUUUAUCCUCAAUGUUAUGAGAGGUUAUAACCUGGGCCCUGCUUCUCUGGAAGGCAAACAGAAGUCACUGACGUAUCAACGCUAUGUGGAAACUUGCAAAUUUGCCAACAGCCUCAAGAGAUACACUAUAGAUCCCAGAUUUUCCUCCGAAAGGAAAGCCCGUCAAGCCACAGAAGAGGCCUUUGCUGAGCGUAUUAGACAGCUGAUCAGCGACAGCUCUACCCAUGAUGCUCAGUACUACAACGUCACGCCGUAUCUGGACGGCAUGGGCACCACCCACGUGUCUGUGUUGGCAGAGGACGGCAUGGCUGUUUCAGUGACCAGCACAAUCAACCACAUAUUUGGAUCUCAGGUGUUCUCCCCCAAAACCGGCAUCAUCCUCAACAACGAGCUGUCGGACUUCUGUGGGAAGACGGAUCAGAUACACGCUGGCGAACAGCCUCCCUCCUCCAUGGCUCCUGUGAUCCUUUACUCCAAAUCUAAACAGCACACUCUAGUCAUGGGGGGGUCGGGGGGCAGCAUGAUUACCACGGGAAUGGCCCUGACAAUAAUGAACCACCUGUGGUUUGGAAAGAGUCUGGAAGAAUCCAUUGCUGCACCGGUCGUGUUUGUGGACUCCAAAAAUGCGCUUAAAUUUGAGCCCAAGUUUGAUAAGGCCGUUGUUGAGGAGUUGAGGGCGCUCGGGCAUACGAUCAAGGAGCAGAGCAUCUUCUACAACGUGAUCAACGUCGUGUCGAAGCGCGGCGGCUGCAUCCGCGCCAUCUCGGACGCGCGGAAGAUGGGGAGGGCCGCCGGGUACUGAUCCGUCGGGCGUGACGUGAAGCGGGCCGGCGCUGAGAGCUGUCACUUUUGCGGGGACUUUACACGGGGCCCCGUACGCAACAGGUCGUUUAGAGGUUGCUUGGGGGCCAAAUCGAGGCAGACGAAUCAAAACUCCGGACC